AAACAAGAGCGGAGCUGCUUAGCGUCGCAGCGCACACGGGGGGAGUUUUCCAUAUUCUGCUGCUAAAAUGCCCAAACGAACUUGUCCGUUUCCCGAGGCGUUCUCCUCCCAGUACAAAGUACACAUCGGACAGCGGGAGAUAAACAACUUCAGCGUUUUUGGGAAUAAAUACAGACAAGAAAUAUACGAAAAAACAAAAAGCUUGCUCUUUAAUGGUGCGCAAGCUAUAGUGGGGAAAAUCUGGACCGGAGAGGAGAAGUGCCCAGAGUCUCAGUCCAAUGGACGACACUCUGCAUGCAGUCAGACACUCCUGAGAGGACAGACUCUUAUUGGGCAGGAUGGGAAACUCACAAAAAUAAACGCUUUACAAGGUGUGCCGGCUGCUCCCUCGGGCUGCUGUGUUUGUCAUAAAAACCAGGGCUCCAGGACGGCGUGUUCCCAGUGCGACAGAAUGGCCUGUGCUACAUGUACCAGAGAGUGCUCCAGCUGCUGCAGCCUGUGCUGCUCCGUCUGCACCAUCACAGAUUACAGCGGACCAUACGAUGAAGUACUAUGCUGCAGCUGCUCAACAUAAACGGGACCAACAGGACUGAUGGGGACGGCUUCAUGUAUAGUUGCCCCCCAUGAGAUAUUACAAAGAUUACAGUUUAUACUCGUUUUAUAUGAUUUAAAUGUCUUCUUGUAUAUAUGAGUUUAAUCCAUGUAAUGAACUGAAAUAAACUUGAAUGUUUUUUUUUAUAUAUAUA